CUAUUAAAAGUUGUUGAAACUUGAAGGAGAUUACCCAAACGCAACCGAUGUAAUUUAUAUGCUGAAUGUAAGAGAGAGCGAGAGAGUAGUCACACUUGAAACAAUAACGCACACAUAGAGAGAGAGAGAUAGAUGGAAAUAUUCAAAACCUGUAGUUUCCGGCGAAGUGCAUCUCCGGCCGCCGCAUAUAAUCAACCUAAGUCUAAAAAAUCAUCGGCCUCUCGGUGUGGGGAGAAGAGGCUCUUGAAAGAAUCUAAAAUGAAAGAUCAAAUCCUCAUGAAGCUUGUCAACUCAAGAUUAGCUUCGCCUGAAAAUGUUUUCAGGUGGGAAGCAAACAUCAUCGGACCGGCGAAUUGUCCGUUUGAAAACGGUGACUUCGCCGUCUCUAUUCACAUCCCGACCAGCUAUCCAUUCAAGCCACCCAAAGUCACGUUCAUAACCAAGAUAUUUCAUCCUAAUGUCAAUAAAAAGGGAGAAAUUAGUAUCGAUAUAUUGGGAUCGCAAUGGUCACCAAGUUUGAGGAUCGAUUUGGUACUCUUAUCGAUAUGCUCGGUCCUAUCAAACCCGGUCGAACCAUUUGUUCCCGGCAAUCCUGCCGUGAUGUUGUACCAGCAAGACCGGAACGCUUACGAGAAGAUCGCUAGAAUGUGGACUUUGGAAUUUGCAAAUGCUUGACGAUUACUUUCAGACAUUUUGUGUGUGUGCGGUUAACAAUAAGUUUGUCAAUAAUCUGCUUUACUAUGUUACUCACCUGUUUUGUCAAUUUUAGCUGCUUAUAUGUCACUGGAAUUUAAAGUUUUAGUUAUGAGCUUAAGUGAAAUAUGCGUGUGUGUUAUAAUUGUCA